GCCAGAUCGUCUCUCUCUCUCUCUCUCACUCAGAAAAAGCUUUUCUCUUAUUCCUUUUGUCCCCUCGCUUUACCGUUCGCAAAAGCCUUUUGGAGCUGUCACAGAGGAAUCCAUCGAAGAAAGAUUCAUAGGGGGAUUAAUCAAAAAUGCCAGAGGCAAGAGACCGAAGAGAGAGGCCUGUGGACUAUCCUGCCGCGUUUCUCAACAGACGCUACCACGGGAUCUUGCUCGACGAGCCAUCACCAGCACACCUCAAUCCGUUUCAGUCUCCUGUUGUUCAGAGACUGCCUUCAGAAUCUACUACGAUGGGAAGAGGUGGUGGGGUCGCGAGGGGCAAUUUGGGAGUUCGACGGACAGGUGGUGGUGGGGGUAGAAGAGGCUUGGGCGUUGCAAGGCGUGGCAGGGCUCGUGCUUCAGCUUCUUCUGUGUUGCCUUCUUGGUAUCCAAGAACGCCUCUUCGUGAUGUGUCUUCUGUCGUUAGGGCAAUUGAGAGGAGGAGAGCUCGUAUGGGAGAUACUGAGACCCCAACUCCACAACAGCUUGGGGUUGUUGAUGAUUCUUUAGUACCACUGUCGGGGGAGCACAACUACUCCACCAUGGUCACUCCUGGUUCUUCUGUUGGGUUCAAGCGUCCCUGGCCACCUUCGACUGCUAAAGUCCAUCAGAUCCUGCUCGACAUCGCAAGAGAGAGUUCAGCGGAAGAAGAAGCACUCACUCCGGAGAAGAAGCUCCUCAACUCUAUCGACAAAGUUGAGAAGGUUGUGAUGGAAGAGAUUCAGAAGAUGAAGAGCACUCCUAGUGCUAAGCGAGCUGAAAGGGAGAAAAAGGUUCGGACAUUAAUGUCCAUGCGAUGAUGAUGAUGAUUGCAACUUUUCAUACUUGGAAAAGAAGCUAGGUGGGUCAUUACAAGGAGAUCAUAGGAUGAAUCAUCAUCAUCUUCUGAUGAUAGCAAAGCGGGAGAAGUGGAUCAUCUACUGGUGAAUGAUGGGUAUCAUUGUCUGAUGAUAUUACUUAGGAACGUGUCAAUCAUCUCUCAGAUGAUGUUAUAGUAGGAAGAUUCUAUCAUUUCCUGAUGAUAAAACAUUCUUUAGAUAGAUUUGGUUUCAGAAUCUUUAGGCUUUGUAUUUUCCACAUUAUAUGAUGGAUGUCUUCUUGCUUUAUUAAACAGUUUUGUACAAAAGUAUCAAACAACUUCGGUUUUUGUAA